UGUAUUAUGGAUUUUAGCUCUAUUUUAUAAAAUGUCCAACCCUACAUGCCGGACGAGGCGUCUGCAUUCUGAAAAGUUCUUCGUCUUAGCUCUAAAAGACGUCAGGACGUCAAGGUGUAAUUGGCAUAUUGACCUUCCGCUGGAACCACAUCGUGGUCCCUACCCAUCUUGUGUACAUCCGUCGACGUUGAAAUCUCUUCCCGUUCGAAGUAGUUAACUCAAGUGCUUGGCGUCCAUGAGCUUAAAGGAUAGAUAGAAAUGGUGGCUUUCCAAGAGUGAAGCAUGAGUGAGAACCCGGGCAGGUAACUACUUGAAAAGACGUGAAUCUCACUUUGAACAAACAUCUCACACAUCAUCCUAUCAAUCUUCCUCCUUUCCUUUCUGGAUAUCGCCAUCGUCAAGUUAGACUUUAAGAUGCACGUCUCAAGCUUCCUCAUUGUCUCCAUCAAUGCUUUUGGUGCAUUGGCAUACCCUCUUACCACCACAACCUCCGCGGCUCCAGUCUCUGAGCUUGUUGUCUCUUCAAGUGAUGCACAGGCAUACAACUGGCAGAGCGGUUAUGUCUCUCACUUCACAAUCCACCCAUCAUGCAACGCAACCGAGCGUCAUGAGCUUAGCGAAGGAUUGAGACAAGCUGUGGAAAUGGCCGAGCACGCUAAGAACCACAGUCAGCACAACCCAAGAUGACCAAAUUCAAACCAAUGCUAACCAACUCCUUAGUACUUGUCCAUGGUAACAAAUCCGAGAUUUUUCAAAAGUACUUCGGUAAAGGUCCUACUUCUACGCCAAUGGGAUGGUUUGACAAGAUCGCCUCUGGUAAUCGUGCUGGCGUCAUUUUUCGUUGUGAUGACCCUGAUCGAAACUGCGAAACUCAAGAUGGUAAGUACACCCACCUCCAGCAAGAAAGUCUUACAAUGUCACAUCCGGUAACAUCUCAUAGCAUGGGCAGGUCACUGGCGCGGUGAAAAUGCAACCGCCGAAACCGCCAUCUGUCCACUCUCCUACCAAACCCGUCUCCCCCUCACCGCGCUAUGUGCGCGAGGAUUCGACGUCGCAACCGGACGACCGGCAAACUUCUGGGCCGCAGACCUCAUGCACAGACUCUACCACGUCCCUCUCAUCGGCGAGGGAAUCGUCGAUCACCAUGCUGAUGGAUACCAUGGUAUUCAGGAACUCGCCGCUGGUACCAACUAUACCCUUGCAGGACACAAUAGUGCCACAUUGACGUAUUUCGCAACCGAGGCGUAUGCGUAUGAUAUUGCUGUUCCGGGUGAGGGAUGUGCAGGCAAGGCUAGUGUUGAGGAGGAGGAGGAUUCACAUAGUGCUCCUACUGUGACUGUAUCGGCUGUGCCGACUGUGAACCCGACGAGAGUUAUUCCAGCUGAGAGUACUACCCCUGCAGCUUCCCCUGCAGCUAGUACUGCUGGAACGGAGUGCCAUACACAUGCUGAUGGGACAUUACACUGCGUUUAAAUAAUUCACUCUUAUUAAUUGGUCGUGGUGCCUG